GGGGCGGAGCUGCGGGGCCAGGGUUGGGGCUGUGCCGAGGCAGCGGAGGCUGCGGCAGCUGGGGCUGGCGGGGAGUGCCGGGCCCGGAGGUCGCCAGGGUGCAGAGGAUGCAGCAGCAGCAGCCGGAGCCGCCCAGCCUGGCCGCGAAGCUCCACGGCCCCCGCCGUUGCGGAGGGGCGCAGAGAGUGGCGCGGGCCGGGCGGAGCUAGAGGCUGGGCGUCUGCACCGUGCAGCGCCACUCGCCGCUCCCGGUUCCCCGCCUCCGGCCAGGCGGGUGAGUCUGUCGCCGCGCGGAUGCCUUGAUCGCGCGAGCGGCUGCAGCUUGGCAAGGCGCCCCGCGCGGGGAGAGGCCCAAGGAGUCCUGGCGGCCGCUGCAUCCACCAGCUCAGGACACCCUCUGGUCCUGAGUCGGCGGUGCUUCCUCCUUCCCCUUCUGCUCCUCCUCGGCGACGAUCCUCGGUCGACCUCUCUUUCCAGUCCACCCUAGAAGAUGCGCUCCCCUGCGCGGAGCAGCGGAAGCCACCGCUCCCAGAAAUGCUAGCGCCCGAUCCUGGUCUCUCGGACCUGAGGAGCAGGCGCCGCCGCCCUGGAGGAAGGGUUAUGACUCUUUGAUUAAAGAGGACUUCUCUAAAACCUUGCACUUUUGACUGUGUAUUAUGGACACCAAGGAAGAGAAGAAGGAACGAAAACAGAGUUAUUUUGCUCGAUUGAAAAAGAAAAAACAAGCCAAACAGAAUACAGAGACUGCCUCAGCUGUAGCAACAAAAACUCAUACUGGAAAAGAAGAAGCUGAAACAGUUACUUUAGAACAAGAAAAGUGCCAUACUGCUGUGGAACAGGAGUGUAUAACUGAUGAGAAAAAAAAAAGGAAAAACAAUCAAUUAAAGGAGAUUAGGCGAACAGAACUAAAGAGAUAUUACAGUAUUGAUGACAUUCAAAACAAAGCACAUGAUAAAAAGGAGAAAAAGAUGGUGGUCCAGAAGCCCCAUGGUACUAUGGAAUACACUGCUGGAAGCCAAGACACUCUCAACUCCAUAGCACUGAAGUUUAACGUUACUCCCAAUAAAUUAGUGGAGCUGAAUAAACUUUUCACACAUACUAUUGUUCCAGGCCAGGUCCUGUUUGUGCCAGACACCAACUUUCCUUCUGGUACCAUAAGGUUAUCGUCAUCCAGUCCUGGUGCUACUGUCUCUCCUUCAUCAUCAGAUGCAGAAUAUGAUAAACUGCCGGAUGCUGAUUUAGCAAGAAAGGCCUUAAAACCCAUUGAAAGAGUCUUAUCAUCCACUUCUGAAGAAGAUGAGCCAGGCGUGGUAAAAUUUCUAAAAAUGAAUUGUCGCUACUUCACUGAUGGAAAGGGUGUCGUUGGAGGUGUCAUGAUUGUCACGCCUAACAAUAUCAUGUUUGAUCCUCACAAGUCUGAUCCCUUGGUCAUUGAAAAUGGGUGUGAGGAGUAUGGCCUCAUUUGCCCCAUGGAAGAAGUGGUUUCCAUUGCCCUCUACAAUGACAUUUCUCACAUGAAGAUCAAAGAUGCCUUGCCAUCUGAUCUACCUCAGGAUCUUUGUCCUCUGUACAGGCCUGGAGAAUGGGAAGACUUGGCUUCUGAAAAUGAUAUCAACCCAUUCAAUAAGUUCAAAUAUCUCAAUAAGGAAAAACGGCAACAGAAUGAAGAGAGAACCAUCACUUCAGAUUCCAGAUUAACAAGGUCUUUGGAGAAGUCAACUGAACACACAGAUAUAAAACCCUCAGACAGCUCUGUGUCAGGAAAAUUAAAGAGAAUAGAAUCCUCUACAGAGGAUUCGAUUGUCUCUGUAGAGGCAACCAAUGAGUCUUCCACAAUGACUAAGGUCAUCAAAGAACCUUCAGAUACUCAUGCUGCAUUCAAAUCUAUAGCCAAAGAAAAUUCCCUUUUAGGGGAUGAUGAUGACUUCGUUAACUUAGAAGAACUUUCUUCUCAAACUGAGAGUGAAUUGGACAAAAGAGACGCCUCAAAAGAGUGCCUUUCUCUUAACCGAGAGGAACUCAGAAAGGCUAAGUCACAAAUAGUCAGUUCUACAGAAACACAGGUACAGUCAACCCCAAACUUUUCAGGAACAGAAAGUGAUGCUGAGCUGAAGGGGGCAUUAGAUUUAGAAACCUGUGAGAAGCAAGAUAUAAUGCCAGAGGUGAACAAACAGUCUGGCUCCCCUGAAAACCAGGUAGAAAACACUCUGAACAUACAGGAAGAUCUAGAUAAAGUUAAACUCAUUGAGUACUACCUUAGUAAAAACAAAGAAGGGCCACAGUUAUCUAAGAAUUUGCAAAAGGCUGAAUUAAGUGAUGGCAAAAGUCUGGAGCCAGUAGGAAUAGACAUCACCCUUAGUAGAUCUUUUCCUCAGGCAAGUGAUUCUCCGUCUGAGGGUAAUAAAGAGCUCACUAUAACCUGUGCAAAAGAGAAAGAGCCCUUUCCACUGCAACUGGAAGGAAACACAAGUAAAGAGUCUCUAGACUCCUCUUUGGAUUCUACUCUGGACAGUAGCUGCCAAGGCACACAAAUGGAUAACAAAUCUGAAAUUCAGUUAUGGUUACUAAAGAGAAUUCAGGUGCCCAUUGAAGAUAUGCUUCCUUCUAAAGAAGAGAAAAGCAAAACCCCACCCAUGUUUCUGUGCAUUAAAGUGGGAAAACCAAUGCGAAAAUCCUUUGCCGCUCACAGUGCAGCCAUGGUUCAGCAGUAUGGCAAACGAAGAAAGCAGCCGGAGUACUGGUUUGCGGUUCCUCGGGAGAGGGUGGAUCACUUGUACACAUUCUUUGUUCAGUGGUCUCCUGACAUCUAUGGCAAAGAUGCCAAAGAGCAAGGCUUUGUGGUGGUAGAAAAAGAAGAACUGAAUAUGAUCGACAACUUCUUCAGUGAGCCAACCACCAAGAGCUGGGAGAUCAUCACUGUUGAGGAGGCAAAGCGCAGGAAGAGUACAUGCAGUUACUAUGAAGAAGAGGACGAGGAAGCCCUGCCGAUCCUACAGCCCCACAGCGCACUCCUAGAGAACAUGCACGUAGAGCAGCUGGCUCGGCGCCUUCCAGCAAGGGUACAAGGGUAUCCAUGGAGACUGGCAUAUAGCACAUUAGAGCAUGGGACCAGCUUGAAAACUCUCUAUCGGAAAUCAGCAUCACUAGACAGCCCUGUGCUUUUGGUCAUCAAAGAUAUGGAUAAUCAGAUCUUUGGAGCAUAUGCAACUCAUCCUUUCAAAUUCAGUGACCACUACUAUGGCACAGGCGAAACUUUCCUCUAUACAUUUAGCCCUAAUUUCAAGGUCUUCAAGUGGAGUGGAGAAAACUCAUAUUUUAUCAACGGAGACAUAAGUUCUUUAGAACUUGGUGGUGGAGGGGGACGAUUUGGUUUAUGGCUAGAUGCUGAUUUAUAUCAUGGACGAAGCAACUCCUGCAGCACUUUCAAUAAUGAUAUUCUUUCCAAAAAGGAAGACUUCAUAGUUCAGGACCUGGAAGUAUGGACAUUCGAGUAAAGUUCAGACUGCCUUCAACUUUUAACAUGAUAAAGGAUGGGUUAAAUAGCCCUUCCAAAUCUGGCUGGAAGUUGAAGUCCCAGCCCAGACUGCCUCAUCCCACUGUAAAGCUUUCUUGCUGUCAUCAUCUCAGAGCAUGAACACACUGCAAAGAGACUUUGAAAGGUACACGUGGCAGGCAGACACUGGAGAAAUUUGAAGUCCAGAUUGUUAAGAUUAUAUUUCCACAUCCUUCAUAUCCAUUCAGUGAGGAAUCGGAGUAUUUAUAGAUGUAUGAGUUGAAUGCAGUUUUUAUUUUUGGUAACUGUGAAAAAGAAUACUGUGGAAAAGUAUACAUGCCUUGUAUAAUUAUCAACAUAAUUUUCAUUACCAAAAUGUACAGCAUACUAUUAUUUGCCAUGGGAAAGUUUAGUCUCAUUUAGAAAAAUUGAAUGUGUACAGCACUUAAAGGGAAUAUAUGAUUUUUUAAAAUAAUUAUUUUAUUUAUUAUUUCUAGUGUAUUGUCUCAAAUGUGUUGACAGUUUUCUUUUAAUGUGUCAAAACUUCAAUAAAGAAAUGUAUACAUUUUGUGCUAUGUUUUGGCUACAAAUUCACUUGAUUUAUAUAGUUUUAUAUUGAAUUUUUUUGCCCUGAUUGUUUAGGGUGAUAGGUCUUAAGCAGCAUACACACACACACACACACACACACACAAGUUUGAAGUUUUGAAAGCUCAUUAACAAUGUUAAUUGGUUUGACUGUUUGCAAGUUGGUUUUCCAACUAGUCAUUUAAAAGGUACCUUUUUAGUUACUCAGUAUAAUUAUGUGAAGGAUAAGCCAUUUCUCACUAUCAUAAAUUGCUACUUACCGAAAUGAAUACCUUUAUGAAUUUAGACUUCGAACAAAUACUGCUUUUGAAAAGAAAAUGAUUUGCUUUUUUUAAAAUCGUGUCAAUAGCAUAAAUUCAUUUUCAUAGUUUUUUUUGCAUAAUUCCCCACAAGUUUUCACACUAAUGAGCCUCUGCUUAAGAAAAAAAAAUGCUGAAUGUUCUAAUUUCUGCAUGUUUUAUACCAAAAGAUAAAUGUCAAAUUAACCCAGUUGUCCCUGUUUUUAGAGUCUUCUGUUUGAGAAAAACAAUGCAAAUAAAACAUUCAUACCAACACUGGAAUAAUAGUUAAAAUCUAUUUUUUAAAAUCAACUCACUUUUACAUCAUCAUAAACACUUUUAUUAGCAGUAAUAAAGCCUUGUUUAAAAUGUAGCCAACAUUGAUAAUUAUUAGACUUUCAUGAAAGCCAAAGAUUGCUGAUAGGAAAGGAAUUUCAAACAAUAGCCAAAGCUGAGAAAUGGUUUAUCAUAAAUUCUAUCUCCAGGGAUCUUUAAGCAAAGAUUAACAACAAGUAGUAUUUGCAUUAAAAAAUAAAACCUCUCCUAGAAUGCUGCAUUAGGCUGGCAGAAGAGCUCCUUUAUUCUCUUGUUUGACUAUUUGUAGAAGAUAACAAACAUUUCCAAAUGGCAUCCUACCAGACCAAUGAUUAUUUUACUCUGUUCACAUUCCAUGAGAGUUUAAAUGCAUUCUGUAAAAUCAUAAGCCUGGCUAUACUUGCACCUAGGUUCUCUUAUUAAGAACUCUUGAUUGACAACCUAAAUGCAGUUUAAUCUUAAUAUGCUUGUAAAGUAAUGUUUUGAUAAGGUAUCAGGAGGGUCUCAUGGUGAUCAUGUUUACCAUUUAUACAAUCUGCAACCAUAUGCUCUUAAUAAACAAAAUGGUCAUUUUGCAUAUAGUUCAUUCUUACCUAGUUCAAUUCAUAUUAUACUUGUAAAAGCAUAUCCCCAAACUGUGUUCUCUGUUUAAAACAGUAUUGUAAAAUCAGAAUUGUGUGGCCCUUCAUUUAUGGAUAUUGAACAUAUGUAAUGCAGUGCUAUUUCAAUAUUUUCAAUAAAGGAAUUUAUUCACCCUG